AUGCACAUCCUCGUGAUCAACGACGACGGCCCGCCGUCCCCAAAGACCUCGCCCUACGUCCACAGCCUAGUCCGCGCACUGCAACAGGCUGGCCACACCGUCUCCGUCUGCCUACCGCACACACAGCGCUCCUGGAUCGGCAAGGCACACAUGAUCGGGCAGACCGUGAAGCCGCUAUACUACCGGGCCCCAGAGACGUUCGACCCCCGCGAGAAGACCGCGCCAGCAACACAGGGCACGACGCACGCGCGGCCGAGCCGGGGCAAGGACGUGCAGGAGGAAUGGAUCCUCGUCGACGGCACGCCCGCGAGCUGCGCGCAGAUCGGCCUGCACCACUUCUUCAACAACCGGGGCCCCGUCGACCUCGUGGUAUCGGGCCCGAACUACGGGCGCAACACGACGGCGCUGUUCGCGCUGAGCUCGGGCACACUGGGCGGCGCGCUCGAGGCCGCCGUCUGCCGCACCAAGGCCGUCGCGCUCAGCUGGGCAUUUUUUAGAACUGGGACCCCGGACGCGGCGGCCGCCAGCGCGGACUGGCAUGAUCCGGAGGUGAUCGCGGCGGCGACGAGGCGCAGCGUCAAGGUUGUCGAGAAGCUCUAUGCGCAGUGGCCUGCGGACGGCAGCGUGGAUCUGUACUCGGUCAAUGUGCCCCUGACCCGGAGUCUGGAGGACCGCGCGCCUAUCUUGACGCCUAUGCUGCAGAACUACUGGGCUGGGGGCGGUGGUGCCUGCUUCCAGGAGGUCGAGGGCAGUGUGGGCGAUGAGGAAGAGGAGGAGGAGCGGAUACGGGAGGGCGAGGGUGAGGGUGAGGCUGCGGCAGAUGGUAAAGCGGAUGGAGGCGUGGAGAAGGACGGUGAAAAGGGGUAUACACAUCGGCAUUUCAGGUGGAAGCCGCGGUUCGAGGAUGUCUAUCAGAGCGUGAGGGAUGCGGCUCCCGGGAACGAUGGCUGGGCAGUCGAUCGGGGUCUCACCAGGGAUAAUCACAAAUCUGAAGAACUUCCAUCAGCCACGACCAUGAUUAAAGAAUCGACGCUGGCUCAUCGGCCAGAGAACCACUUCUACGCCUUGAUUGCCUACGAGGACGCCUACGUCCAACCUCUCAUCCUAGACGCGCUAGAACAGCUGUUCCCGCCCGAAUCGUACACGCUGCUUUCACUACCAACAUCACAGCAACAGCAGCAAGUACAACACAAUGGAUCAGGUUCAGCCCCUGAUGCAGACGAGGGCGUGAUAUCCCUCCCCGACCUCCUCCCCGACCCUGACGCCCGCGUCCUGCAACUCACGCCCUACGAGGCCAUCGACUGGGACUAUGCUGCCGCGCACCCGCGCACUUGUCUUGUCAACAGCUACAUGUUGCGCAAGGCGCUGAUCCGGAAGCACUACCUGGCGGCGACGGUCGAGCACUGGGCGGCCAAGCGGCCCACGUCCGUGCUGGCGUCCCACGUCGGCCGCAGCGAGGCGUUCGAGCUUGAUUAUGCGGAGUUUCUGGAUGAUGCGCUGGUGGAGGCUUUUGAUCUUAGGGCUAGUUUGGGGCGGAAUGAGGGUUUGUAUGGGGAGGGGGAGGAGGAUAAUGGUGACGGGGGUGAGAGUGCGAGGGAGUGGUGGAUCCUCAAGCCCAGCAUGAGCGACCGCGGGCAGGGCAUCCGGCUCUUCAGCACCAUGGCGGAGCUGCAGGCUAUCUUUGACGAGUGGGAGGCCGAGAGGCCGGAUAGCGAGGACGAGGACGAGGAUGAAGGAGACGACGACGACGACGACGAAGAUGGGAACACUGGUACCGCGGGCAGUAGUAGUCGAGAUCAACAACAAGAGGCAGACGACUACAUCACGACCUCGCACCUGCGCCACUUCGUCGCCCAGCCCUACAUCCACCCGCCGCUCCUCCUGCCCGGCUGCGGCAACCGCAAGUUCCACAUCCGCACCUACGUCGCGUGCGUCGGCGCGCUCGACGUCUAUGUGUACCGGCAGAUGCUGGCGCUGUUUGCCGCGAAGCCUUAUGUGGCGCCUCGCUCUGCUCCCUGCCAGUCUCCCUCUCACUCUCACCCCAACGGCCCUGACACCAACUCCUCCUCCUCCUCCGCCCUGGACCUCGAAGCCCACCUCACCAACACCUGCCUCCAGCGCAGCGUCGCGGACGGCACCGUGCAGUCCUUCUGGCAGCUGCCCGCCUCCUCCCUCCCUACCUCUUCCAAACAGAAAAUCUUCGCGCAGAUCAGCGAGAUUGCGGGUCAAGUCUUCGAGGCCGCGGCCAGGGGCAUGAUGAUGCACUUCCGCCCGCAGGGCAACGCGUUUGAGGUCUUUGGCGUGGAUUUUCUGGUCGAUGCGGAUGAAAAGGUCUGGUUGCUGGAGGUUAAUGCGUUUCCGGAUUUCCGCCAGACGGGGGACGAGCUGACGGGUUUGGUUGGGGGGCUUUGGAGGGGGGUGUUGGGGAGGGCUGUUGGGGGCUUCUUCGGGGUUGGGGAGAGUGGAAAGGGGGAGGAGGAGGAUGAUGGGUUGGUGCUGGUUCGAAGGGUGGAAUUGGGGCGGUAG